AUACCCGACAAUUGCUCGUCCUCGACACACCGACGCCUGCCCUCCACCAGCAACGCGAUUCUGCGCCUGCCUUUUUCUUUUGCCCCUGCCAAUCGCCCACUUUUCGCGCACAACCGCGGGGUCAAAUAACCCCACCAUGGCCGACACCACGACCCCGGAGGCGAAGCUAGCCCUCAUCUACGCGAACCUGGCCGAGAGCCUGAACCCCGAAAUCAUUGACGAUGUCGUCAAGAAGCAGGACAGGCCUCUCAAAAUUUACUGGGGCACGGCGACGACCGGCAGGCCGCACUGCGGCUACUUUGUCCCCAUGCUGAAGAUUGCCCAGUUCCUCCAGGCGGGCUGCCAUGUCAAGAUCCUCCUCGCCGAUAUCCACGCCUUCCUCGACAACCUCAAGGCCCCCAUCGAGCUCGUCAACUACCGCGCCAAGUACUACAAGCUUGUCAUCACCGAGUCGCUCAAGGCCGUCAAUGUGCCCGUCGACAGGCUUGAGUUUGUCCUCGGCAGCGAAUACCAGAAGUCGCCCGAUUACAUGAUGGACCUGCUCAGGUUGAGCACCAUGACGACCGAGCAUGACGCGAAGAGGGCUGGCGCGGAAGUCGUCAAGCAGACAGACAACCCCCUCCUGUCCGGCUUGAUUUACCCACUCAUGCAGGCGUUGGACGAACAGUACCUAGACGUGGAUGUGCAGUUUGGUGGCGUGGAUCAGAGGAAGAUCUUUGCGUUGGCGAAGGAGGCGCUGCCGAAACUGGGUUACAAGGAGAGGGCACAUCUUAUGAACAAGAUGGUUCCAGGCCUUCAGGGUGACAAGAUGUCUUCUUCGGAUCCCGACUCGAAGAUUGAUCUUCUGGAUGGACCUGAAUUGGUCAAGAAGAAGCUGAAGAAGGCUUUCGCCGAGCCCAAAAAGGUCGAGGGCAAUGGUCUGCUGUCUUUCAUUGAAUAUGUUUUGAUGCCGGCGGGUGUCCUCGAGGGUGGCAAGCCCAUUUUCACAGUUGAGCGGAGAGAAGGAGAGCCAUUGGUCUACCAUGAUGUCCAGAAGUUGCACGAUGACUACAAGGCCGACAUUCUGACGCCCCAGCUCCUCAAGUCCGGUGUCACGGAUGCUAUCAACAAGCUUCUUGCACCCAUUCAGAAGGCUUUUGCGGCUUCACCGGAGUGGCAAGAGAUUGAGAAGACGGCUUACCCGCCCCCAGUCGCGGAGGACAAGAAGAAGGUCAAGAAGGUCAAGAACAAGGGUACCAAAUACCCCGGUGGCGCGAAGAACGUUGAAGCGCAGCCGGAUGGCAGUGUUGAGGGACAAGGCAAGCAAGAAGUUAGCGUGGGUACGAGCGUCGAGGACGCCAUGAACAAACUUGAACUGGCGAAGGAGGGGGUGGAGGCAUGAUACCCUGGCCAUCCGAUUUGGUUCGAUAGAGAUAGUGUGAACAGGUAAUGACCGCAAAAAAGACUGGUGAGAGAACGUAGUAUGUUCUUGAUUAAAAAUUAGAAAAAGUAUAAAAUAUCUUUGAUCUGAUCGUCGUAGUACGAUAAUAGGCUUAAAAAUCCUCCG